AUGUUUCUCAAAUCCCAAGUUCUGAGCCUUAUCUCCCUCAUCGCUCUGCCUUUGGCAGUCAAUGGCAACGCAUGCAACAUGCAUUUCUACUCGGGCUCGGGCUGCUCUGGCAGCCCUGUCGCCUCCUGUGUCCCUGAAGACACUGAACCCCACGACUACUGCCAAUGGAACACCUGGGUUGGCUCGAUCGGUUGGACCGACUGUCGUGUUGAUGAAUUCCCCGUGAUCUGGGGCUGUGACGGAGUGCCCAGUACCAAUGCCAAUUACGCCCAAAACGUGUGCCCAGGCAAUAGAUGGCUCAUUUCCACUGGGAACGGGUACGACGACGGCUGUUCGGAUGUUGGCACAUAUGAUGGCUAUGUCACUACCGGUGACGACGACCCGAAUACCUGCACGGACUGCAUUGGACCAUAA